AUGAAACCAGCUGAUAUGAAAGAGAAGAUUCAAAAUGCUGAUUUUCGUGAAAAGUUAAAGGCAUAUUUAGAAGAUAUUAUCAAAGAAGAUUUGAAUGAAUUCAAAGAUAAACAUGUCUUUGAGAAUUUAGACGUGACAAGAUCAUUCGAUACUCCUCCACGAUUAUCACAAGAUAAUAUCAAUGCGGCUUUACGUACUAUUGAUUUAACAAGUUUAGCCGAAAAUAUAAAUAAAUCUCCUGUUUGGUCGACACCAAUCAAGUAACAACUUUCUCCAUCAGUUCCUUAUGCUUCUCCAUUAUUGAAUAAAUCGUUACAGACACCAACACAUGAUCAACCAACAUCUAGUAAGAAAUAGAAGUAAUAAAAAAGAUAAAGCAUAGAUCAUAUUUUAGUUAUGAAUGUUUUACACAAUCAAUCAAAAAUAAAUCCAGCUUGCUUACCUACUCCAAAUCCAUCAUUGCCUAAUUUUGCAGCACGCUUUCGUGCAGAUGUGGUACAGCUUGUGGAAACAGACAACAAGCACAAGCAUAGUGACACAUGUUACAAGUAUUCUAAUCCUAAACAAGGUGACAAGAAAAUUUGUCGAUUGCGUAUGCCACGCAAAUUGGUGCCAGUCUCGACAAUUGAUCCUGAUACUGGCCAC